ACUGGAGACACGCUAAUUUAGCUGUAAUCUUCAAAUCUCUCGACAACAGUAUAAUAUAGUACGACGCAAUAAAAACUUUUAACGCCAUGAACGCCAAGACGCUCAUAGUUCUUCUUGCCGUGAUCGCCUGUGCUUUCGCAAUUGAGCACUUUAAUGUGCCAUCGGCAAUCUGCCUUGAACCGAUUGAGCCUGGACCCUGCAGAUCUGCACUACACAGAUUUGCCUACAACCCCAAGGAGAAGAAAUGUUACGAAUUUAUCUACGGUGGCUGUGCAGGAAAUGAUAAUAACUUCUUGACAAUGGAGGACUGCAAGAAAUCAUGCGAAUAGGUCCAAUGAACGAAAUCGUUCGCUCUAUUAUGGAUUUAAUUUUUUUGCUAACGAAGCAAUAGAUAUCCUAGUGAAAUUUGCUAUCUCACGUGGCGUCUCUUCGCGGAAAUAUAAGAUAUAUAUCAGAUAAAUGUAUAUCAGGUACUCUGCACGUAAAAUAUCAUACAAAUAUCAAUUACAUCCAUUCAUUAUUUCAAAUGUACACAUAGACAAAAUGUCUUAUAUAUACGGUUAAUAAAUGCUGUAAUUAAUAAAAGA